AUGCCGGACACCAUCACUCCCACAGCCUUCGUACCUCCUUCCCAAGAUGCCAAUCAUCAUUUAUACCUCCACCAUUCCGACCAUCCGGGUGUGGUAUUGGCCUCUCAAUCCCUCAAUGGAGAAAAUGAUCAAACAUGGAGCCGAGCAAUCACUAUGGCUCUUAGCGCCAAGAACAAACUCGGAUUUAUUGACGGGACUAUCUCUCCAUUAGCAGCCUCCUCCAAAGAUUUUCCUGUUAUUUAUUGUAACCUUGCGAGGGACAUCUGGUUGGACCUUAAAGAGCGAUUUUCUCAAGUGAAUGGUCCUCGCAUGUUUCAACUAGAGCAAGAUAUCAGCACCCUUGUCCAAGGCACCAUGCCUAUCGCCACAUACUUCACAAAACUAAAAGGGUUAUGGGAUGAACUAUCCACAAUUCAACCCAACGCCCCUUGCACCUGUGGCGCACUAAAAGAGGAACCAUUGCCUUCCGUCAAUCGUGCAUAUGCCUUGGUCCUUCAAGAAGAACGCCAACGCAACAUUACCACCCCACCCACCAUUGAAGGCAUUGCCUUAGCUGCAAAAGCUACUCUUCCACCACGGAAGGACAAUCGAUCUGGCUUUCAGAAGAAGGAAAGAAUAAAAUGCACUUAUUGCGGUCGUGAUGGUCAUACUAGUGAGCGGUGCUACCAACUUCACGGAUUUCCUCCUACUCGUCGCAAGAUUGACUCAGGCUCAGGCUCUAGUCCUAAGCCCCGUGCUCAUCAGGUUUCCAUUACCAGCAGUCUUCCUUUUACACCUGAUCAAUGCCAACAACUACUUGCAAUUUUGAAUAACAUUACUCCACAACAGUCCAUGGCCCACCAAGCAGGUAGUACCGAGCCAUCUCUUUCAGGACCUUCGCUUGACGAAAAUGAUUCGUUUGGGCACUGA